GGCCCGAAAUCCAGCUUUUGAGGGACACAGACACAACUUAAGAGAGAGAGAAGCGAUUUUCCAUUUUCGAUUUCAUCAUCGAAAGAAAAUUUUCCAUAUCCCGAAAUCUAUUCUCCGUUUCUCUCUGUCUUUUGCUGCGAAAGCAAAUCCUCUGAUUCAAUUCGGGUCUCCCUUCAAGAUAAUUUAUUAAGAGCCCCGUUUAGUUUCUCCAUCAUCCUUUUUAAAGCUCGUUUUGGUACGAUUUGCAGAGAAAGAGGAGAUUCGAGACGAUUCCGUUUUCUUGCUAUCCGGGGAGAGAAUUUAGGGUUUGAGAUUUGGGUUCUCAUUUUUAUUUAUCGGGUCCUGAUUUUUUUGGUUUUGGUUUUGGUUUGGUUUGGUUUGGUUUGGUUUUUAAUUAUGGGGUUAGGAAGUAAUAAUCAUAACGAUGACGAUGCGCUUGUUGACGAUGCUGAUGGCGGCGGCGGCGGCGGCGGUGAUUGUGGUAAUGGAGGUAAGUCGUUUGGCUCCGUAUCGUGCUCGAUUUGCCUCGAGACCGUCACUGAUAAUGGGGAUCGGUCGUGGGCUAAACUUCAAUGCGGUCACCAAUUUCAUCUGGAUUGCAUUGGUUCAGCCUUUAAUGUGAAGGGUGCGAUGCAGUGCCCUAACUGCCGGAAAAUUGAGAAAGGGCAAUGGCUUUAUGCAAAUGGUUAUCGGUCAUUUCCUGAGUUUAGCAUGGAUGAUUGGACUCAUGAUGAGGAUCUUUAUGAUCUUGGCUCUUCAGAAAUGUCUUUCGGAUUUCACUGGUGUCCAUUUAGCUUAACGAGGCUUCCUUCAUCAUUUGAGGAUGGAGAAUUUUCAUCCAGCACAUAUCAUGACCACUUGGUACAACAUGCUAUCUUUGCCGAACAUACAGCCGUAUCAUCUGCUACUCACCCAUGUCCUUAUAUUGCUUACUUUGGCCCAGUUCAUCCCUCUUCUUCAAAUUCUAGUGGAAGUAUUUCAGAUAGUUCCAAUUUCAACAACCACUGGACUAGUCCAUCGAUGCCUGGUGAAAUGGCUACUUCCUAUGGUUUUCCUGCUGCCAUGGAUCUCCAUUAUCAUACGUGGGACCACCAUUCUCCGUUCUCUUCAUCCAGCAGUCGAAUGGGAAACACUGAGCAGCUUACAGGUCCACCUGUCCCUCAAAGAUCUGCCAGGACCAGCUCUGAUGUACCGAGAUCAGGAUCCUUUGUACAUCCCUUCCUUUUUGGUCACAGUUCAAGUGCUAGAGCUGGUAGUUCCGCUGCUUCCUCAAUGAUUCCUCCUUACCCAGGCAGCAAUGCCAAUGCCCGUGCCCGUGAUAGAGUACAAGCUCUCCAGGCAUACUAUCAACAGCAGCAACCUAGCAAUUCUCCAGCUGUUCGCUCACCUAUGAUUUCUGGUACAAGACGAUCAAAUAGAGGUAUCGCUCAAGUAGGGCCAGUAGCCUCAUCGUCUGAUCAUGCAGGUGCAUUUUAUUUUGUCCCAUCAAGUACAUCAAGCCGUAACUUCCAAGAGGCAGAAAAUCCUUUACACACUAGGUUCCAUGGAUGGGAGAGGGAGCACUUGCCAUCAUUUUCUAUAAACCAAGUUGAUAGAGAUUCAGGUUGGAGUACAUUCCCUGGGGGUGGUUCAGAUCCUGGCAUGAGGUCCAGCAGCUUCCGCCAAAGACAUGGAUCCGAGAGGAUGUCAUCGCAAAGUCGGUCAUAAACUUCCUUUAUGCUUAAUUUCAGUGAAGCGAACUUACCAGUAAUGUCACUGGAACAAAAGUUAUGUAUGCUUGAGAAACGAUAUAUAAUGCUUGGAGUCUUGUCUACCCUGACAAGACUCAAAAAAAACUGUUGAGUGGCACCGAAGAACGAUCAUUUUGGUAGCCACAUGGCGGUGUGAUGGACUUUCGCUUCCCCUUAUUUUGCACUUUUGAGGAUAUAAAAUAAGAUGCACAUGUUGGACAGAA